GGAUAUAUAUAUUGAGCAGCGUCCUGGAUACACUACAGUCCUCUGACUAUCUCCACAACAUAAUAAUGAACUUUAUGGUGUUGGUGUUGCUGGGUGUGGUGGCCGCUGCUGUAGCUGACUCCCCGGCAGCCUACUACUACUCGGCUCCUCAGGAACCUGUGGAGGAAUCAGAAGAAUCCGUCCAGGAACGUCAAGCCUACACCUACAGCGCUCCUGAGGAUUAUUCUGAAGAAUAUGAUGACGUCAAAUACGACUUCGACUGGUCAGUGAAGGACGAAGACUCCGGCAACGACUUCGGUCACCAGGAGUCUCGUGAUGGUGACAACACCAAGGGGUCGUACACCGUGCAGCUUCCCGACGGUCGUCUGCAGACUGUGACUUACUACGUGGACGGUGACUCAGGCUACGUGGCCGAGGUCAGCUACGAGGGUGAGGCUCAGUACCCCGAGUCUUCUGAGUAUCGUCAGUAUGAGCCACCUACUCCUCGGUACACUGCCUCUGAGCCAGAGGAGUCAGAGGAGGCUCUCGUGUACACCCCACCCAGGAGCCUGUACACUGCCCCCGAAUCAGAAGAGUCAGAGGAGGCUCCCGUGUACCAGUACACCCCACCCAGGAGGCAGUACUUCGCCCCUCUCAGCUCACUGUACUCAGCACCAUGAUCUCAUCACUGUCUCACCUCACUCUUAACACCACAAUGUGACACAUAGACCUUCACCACAGCCUGACGAGACGAUGCAGGCAUUACUCCUUAGAUCAUUAUUAUUAAUGUAGAAUUAAUGAUAUUGAUAUCAUUAAAUUCUACAGACUUUGUACAUUUCAUGAAUAUUUAUUCAUAAUAAAUCUUCAAAUACUAAA